AUGGGGUGGCUAGAGGUCAACCUGAAGACGUACCCGCUCCAGGUGCUGCCCAUCGGUCAUUUCGCCGGUUACGGGGUCUUUAGUUCGGAGAACGGCAGGGGUCAGACAGGCCAGACACCAACUUUCAACAAUCUUGACAAUAGGAUCAGACCUGAUACCUAUCUCGAAACCGACAAACAUCAGCCUUCUCCCGCAUCUGCGGCCGGCUCAACGAUUGUCGUGCAAGCAGAGUUGCCAGAGCGCAUGUCCCGGUCGCAAAGAUCGUCGGCUGUACCUGCCACAAGUCCUGCUCCAGAGUUCGCCAUCGGGGCUAAUGAGUCGUCUAAUACUAUCGAGCGUCAUGUUGCUGGCGACUUCUCUCCGUCUGCUCAUGCGGGCGCUGGUCCUUUGGCCAGCAUGGCCAGCAUGGAAAAGCGAUCGGGAUCCCCCCUGCCUGUGAUUCCCAAGCGUUCACGGCUAGCUACGCCACCGCAGACAUCGCAUGGCGGGUUCGACUUGGAACGCCUUGCACUUGACCAGCAUGUCAAAGAGGGGAUGAUUUACCAGGUCAUUAAAGCGGCAGCCGCCCUGUGCCCGCUCUCUGUGCGAGUCCUUCAUCCACUGCUGCUUAACGGACAAGAACCACCGCAGGAGCUUGAUCACGACCUAGCAGCAAACGCCGGUACUAUUACGCUGGCUCCCACAAACCUCAAUAAUCACACCCACUGGAUACUUGCCGUCAUAUCCGAGAACGUGGUCACUAUCUUCGACUCGAAACCAGCCUUUACGGAUAAAGGCGCCAUCAGGAGGAGGCUGGGGCACCUGUCGCCACAUUCCCGCCGUGAUGCUGAUGUUACCUUUCACCAGUGCGCAGAGCAGACGAACGACGCUGACAGCGGUGUUGCGGUGAUGGUCAACGCCCUUCACAUCAUCAGUGGUCAACAGAUCCCCGCCAUGACCGACUACGGAAUUUGGCGACCUAUUCUCGCUGCCCUGGCCAGUGGAGCGCAUCAUGAUUCAUUUCUGUCUGACAUCAAGCUGCAGGCGCCGCUCGUUUCGACGCAGAGCAUCGUGAUACCACCCGCGCUGCCGCCGAUCAUAACCCUGGCUGACUACCAUCUCUGGCACAAGCAGCAAGCGACAUACAUGGAAGACGUCGCCCGGGUCAUGAGAACUCAGCACAACAAGGUGUGGUCAGACGGACUGCAGGUCGCAGCUGAACUGAAAGGUAUGCGGGAUCUACUGCAGUUUCUGUCCCGUGCUGGAACCCAGCAAUGGCGCCCCCUGCUUGCUGUCUCUCCGCCGUCUGACGGCGACCUGGACGAAGUAGAUGAGGUGGGGAAAGAGGUGCUCCAUUGUCGAACCGCACUGGAAGAACUAGAAAGCUGCCGAAUCAGCGACACGUCGGUGACGCAGAAGCUACGUGCCCGACUUAUGAAUUUAUCAGGUCUUGAAAGCCGCAGGGACAGGAUUCGGGAGAGUGUUGCCUCACUCACAGCGGUGGUGAUGGGGGACCUAGCAAAGAUCAAGGAACGUUUGGAGGAGCUCAGGGCCUGGGGUGAGGAGAAUGCCCCCACUUUGGCUGCUUAG